AUGGCUCCUCGUAUAGAAUUCAGUAUCGAGCAAAUUCGAAAUAAGGCCCGCAAAGACCUGCUGUAUUUGCUUGAAGGCGUCCGCGGAAAGAAAAAUGUCAUCCUCGAUCAGAGUCUUGUCGGUCCAAUCGGAACUAUAGUCAAAGUCGCAACUCUUCAAGAAUAUGGAGUGGAUAAGUUCUUCAUUUUGGAGAAUGACAACGCCGAUACAAGCCAGCGCAAUGUCGUCUUCAUUUCUCGGGGCGAGUGCGGUCGCCAUGCCGAAACCAUAGCAGCCCAGAUCAAACGCAUACAGCGCGAAAGCCAAACAGGGCACGAGUUUCACAUCUUUUGGAUCCCUCGCCGAACCCUCGUAUCUGACAAGCUGCUUGAAGAUGCCGGAGUAUUGGGCGACGUCAAUAUUUCCGAACUGCCACUUUCCUUCUUUCCUUUGGAGAAAGAUGUACUGUCCUUGGAGCUCGACGGCUCGUUUCGCGACCUGUACCUCUCGAAGGACGUUACGCCAAACUUCCUAAUGGCGAAAGCCCUUAUGGAAAUACAACAAAACCACGGUCUCUUCCCGCGAGUGAUCGGAAAGGGCGAUAAUGCAAAGCGUGUCGCAGAUCUGCUUUCACGUAUGCGCCAAGAGCUUCUUGCCGGCGAAGGCACAGCUGAAGCAAAUAAGAUCGGGCUGACGCCUAGUACAACAAACGAGAGCGUCAUUAUCAUUGAUCGCGAGGUUGACUUUGUCACACCGUUACUUACUCAACUCACAUAUGAAGGCCUCAUAGAUGAAGUCUUCGAAAUUCACAAUAACCAGACCAAGGUUGACACGACUGUCGUUGGCGCACCAGCGCAGGCGUCGGCUGCAACCUCACAAAGUCGCAAGCGAACGAUACAAUUAGACUCGACCGACAAGCUAUACGAACAGCUACGAGACGCCAACUUUGCCAUUGUUGGUAGUUUACUCAACAAAGUGGCUAGGCGACUGCAAAAGGUACAAAGCGAUUACGAAAGUAAACACAAAACCAAGACUAUUGCAGAGCUCAAGGAUUUUGUCAGCCAACUGCCAGGAUAUCAACAGGAGCAACAGAGCGUGAAGACGCACACGGGUCUGGCAGAAGAGAUUAUGAAACACACCAGAACAGACGAAUUUAAAGGACUUUUAGAGGUCCAACAAAAUCUUGCCGCGGGAGCCGACCCGUCAAGCCAGUUCGAUGGAAUCGAAGAACUAAUAUCGCGAGACGCUCCGAUAGCGCAGACGUUGAGAUUGCUGUGUAUCUAUUCCUGCAUAUCUGGAGGCAUCAGACCCAAGGAAUUCGACCAAUUUAAACGUCUCAUCCUCCAGGGCUACGGCUACCAGCACCUGCUUACACUCAGCAAUCUUGAAAAACUCCAGCUUUUCUUGUCGAAAUCUUCACCCCUGGCUGGAAUGAUACCCAUCCCAGGUACCAAUGUCGGAGCCGUAACAAUAGGCAGCAAGACGAACUACACAUAUCUUCGCAAACAGCUCCGGCUCAUAGUUGACGAAGUCCAGGAGGACGACCCCAACGACGUGUCAUAUGUUUACAGUGGAUAUGCCCCUCUCUCUAUCCGCCUGGUUCAAUGUAUCCUGCAGAAGCAAUAUCUCCUCUCUGUGACGAAAGGUAAUAACGCGAGCGCGGCGGGAGCGCCCCCAGGCGUAGGUACGCAAGGUUGGCAGGGAUUCGACGAGGCAGUCAAACAUGUCCGUGGUCAGACAUUCUAUGAGCACCAAAAGGGCGAGGACAAGGCUGUCAAAGCGCGAGCUUUGCUCUCCGGCAGCGGUAACAAGCAGACGGUUUUUGUUGUCUUCGUCGGCGGCAUCACAUUCACAGAGAUCGCCGCACUAAGAUUCAUUGCCAAGCAGGAAGAAGGGCGACGAAAUAUUGUCAUUUGUACGACGUCGAUCAUCAACGGAAAUAAGAUGAUGGAAUCAGCGAUCGAGAAAGAAUCGUUUACGAAGGAGAGUGUGCCUGUCGCAACGGCAUGA